CUUUUACCCUCGCACGUUGAGGACAUUUCAAACAAAGUUUAAAAGUCAAAAAAGGGUAUUUUAGGAAUGUUCUCUCUUUUUUCUUUUUCUUUUCUUUUUUUUUUUUUUUUUUUUUUUCCCUUAACGCGUAAAACAGCUUAGACAGUAGAAGAAGAGUUAUACGCCGAAUAUCUGUAAGACUCCAGAACACAAAGGAAUAUAUAAGCAAAAUCUAACUGGAUUCCAAUAACAAUAUGAUAGGGACCUCUUAAAGAAUGGAGUCUUCAAGUUUUUCCACUUUGAAUGAAGGUCUUGCAUGUGGAUAUAUAUAUGAUUCCUUUUUUAUUUUCAAUGAUCGAUGUGGAUUAAUGGGGUCUACUGGAAGCUUGUGACAAAACUCACUAUGCCUUCCUUUGUCAUAUGCUGAAACCUUUCUUCUAUAAAUUUCUCACAAUACAUUUCUUAUUUUCUCUCACAAGAAAUUUAGGGAGAGAGAGAGAGAGUUGUGAAUUGUGAGACACUAUGGAGGAGAAGGCUUCUUUAUUGAGUUAUCAAGAGAGCAUUGAUGAAUUGAAGCAAAAGCUUAUAGACACCACAGCUGAGCUGGAAUCAGUAAGAGUGCAAGCAAUUGAGGAAAUGAGAGAGAGUGAGAAGUAUGUGAAGCAUUGGCUCCAAGUCCUUGAAAUUGCUUGCCAUGAAAGAGAUGAAGCAAGAGAUCAACUUCAGAGAUUACUGAAUGAGGGCAUGCCUUCCACUACCACAGCUGAAUUCUCCGCUGCUCUUCCCCAACUCGAGCCCAAGAGCCCUCUACUAAACCCCGCCAAAGCAACUUCAAUCAAAGUUGAAUCGAACACUCUCUUCGAACCAUUCAAUUACCUGUCACAUGGUUCAUCCCCCAUUGUUUCCAUCUUUGAUGCUGUCUCAUCCCCUCAACUGUCAAACAUGAACGGGGGUGAUUCAAGUAAUUUGGCAUUCGUCAAUGAUUCUUUUGUUCAAGACUAUGGUGGCAUUGCAUCAACUGGUUUAGCCUCCUCAGGAACGUGUAAAAUCGAUGAAGGUUUGAUAGUUAUUGAUAAUCUUGUGGAGGGAAAAACUCUGCCUCAGAAAGGAAAACUCUUGCAGGCUGUUUUGGAGGCAGGGCCGCUUCUUCAGACACUGCUUCUGGCUGGGCCACUUCCAAAGUGGCGUAAUCCUCCUCCUCCACAGCCCUUUCAAAUUCCACCUGUUCAGAUAACGGGUUGUGAUGCUGAACUUCUCGCUCAGAAACCAGCUGCAAUUUCGAGCCUUGUUGUUUCGAAACCACUGAAUUUUUCUUCAAAUGUUGAAAUGCCUUGUGGUGGUUCUAAAAUAUUGUCAACGUCUGCGUUGAGUUUUGAAAGUGGACCUUCUAGUUAUUGUCUGGGGCAUGAGGGCUUGAUAUCUGAGGGUGCAAAUGUUGAGUCUUACAUCCCAACAGGCAAAAGGCAAAAGUUUCAAUGAAAUCAGGAAUGAAAUUAUUAUGGUUCAUCAUUUAGAUGAGAAACAUUUUUUGGUUUGAGUAACAUAACUAUAUAACUGUAACCAUUGAUUUCAUCUACAGUGUCCUAUUUUUC